UUUUCACACCCAUAGUUUUAACUCAUCAAGACGAAGAGAAAUACUGAAUACUGUCAUCUGCCGCGUCGCUUCCCCUUUGGCGGAGCUGAAAAUCCGGUAUUUCCGUGCUCAGCGGAUCAAUACAAAAUGUGGCGGCUGUAUGAAGGAUGGAACGACAUUUUGAAGAUCCAAAAGUUCCGGAGAAUUGUGUCCUAUACUGGAUUCUAUUGCUUCGUUACAGUCAUCACAUAUGCGUACACCAACAACACUACUAGAGCGGGGUACUCGAGAGCUGACCAAUUCUAUGCUUCGUAUCCAGCUGGUACAGAGCUCCUUACUGACACAGCUAAGCUAUAUAAAGCAGCGUUGGGGAAUGUUUUUGAAGUGGAAGAAUGGGGACCAGUCGAAUGGUCCGUCCUGGCUAAACAUUUUGAACGUCAAGGAAAAUCACCAUAUGCAUAUCAUGCUCAAUACAUGGCACACCUUGCUUCUCAUGGACAACUAGAUGGAAGUGGCUAGCGGAAGCUCAGUAGAAGCAAACUGAUGAUUUGACUCCUCUCAUCUGUAUCUUGAGCAGGUUUAAAUCAAUUCAAGAAGCUGAUUUGGUGAUAGAAUUCGAACCAACAGAUAUGUAAGUUGUUGAACAUGUAUUAACCUAGCCUAGCCUAUCUCAUAUCAAUAUGGUGAGUUGUUAGGAGUGAUUAUAUUGAAUAAAUAGAUUCCUGAAAUCGAAAUUCAUAUCUUUUCUGCU